ACGGAAGGUACUCAGCGAAGGACCAUUGCGUGCUCUCCGGAAGGUCACGCUUGCAAGCACUGGUGCAGUGUAUUUUCCUCUGUCAAAAUGAAUUAUCCAUUAUUGUAGCUGGAUGUUGCUUUUACUGUAAUAUACAUUUCGAAGAAAUAAAAAUUAGCUGGUUUUGAAAGACUCGUUCCACUCUGCGUGGUGCGGCGAUGGCGUCCCUGUCCAGUUACGCCAUGCGAAUGGCUCGGCUUAGUUCCCGGAUAUUUGGGGAGGUGGUGAGGCCCACGGACGCCCGGUCCAUGAAGGUGGUGCAGCUGUUUGAGGAGCCGCCCCUGGCCAAAAGGAAGGAGGUGUACGACUGGUACCCGCAGCACAAGGUCUACUACUCCCUGACCCAGAGACUGCGCUUCAUGGGCCUCUUCAGGGAUGAACAUGAAGACUUUAAGGAGGAGAUGCGUCGACUGAGGAAGCUCAGAGGCAAAGGGAAGCCCAAGAAGGGGGAAGGAAAAAGAGCCGCUAAGAAGAAAUAAUUUGGGGAGGAGGGGAGGGUUUGACCUCGCCCAGUCAAAACCCACCUGCAUUUGCAACAUGAAUCUUGCACAAAUGCCUCAGUUUGGCUCCUUGGUCUAAUUGUAAAAAUGAACUGUGAUUGCAACUGGAGAGCUAUGGACUGGACAUUCAGAGGAUUCAGCGGAAUCUGCAUUGGUUACUGCCCCCCAAAACAUGACCAGUGGCACCAAAAACCCUUUGACACGUUGAAGGGAUUCUUCCUGCUUGUAAACAUGUGUAUGAUACAAUGGCAUCACAUUACAAACACACCUAUUUGAACACCCACAAGUUGUGUUUGGAGAUUGUUGUAAGUAAGAACUAUUUUAAUUCUGGGGACCUGUGGAUUCUGUAAUAAAUAUGUUCUAAAAUUUG